UGUAUCAACUUCCCACGGGUUCUCUCUUUGACAACGUCACCAAAAGGUCAAACAUCAAUCCCCAGCAAAUCUCCAUCGGAACCUCGCCGGGAAAUGACGACAUACGGCACAAUCCCAACCUCAUCGAUGCUAGGAGCCGCCACGAACCUCGAGUACAUAUCUCGAGCUAAAGGAAGGAUCAAAGAGGGACUAAGCACUCGCAGACCAUGGAAAAUAAUGCUCAAUCUCCAUUCUUUCAGGCUCCCUCCAAAUCUAGCAGAAGCUCUGGUCCGAGUGAAGACCAACGUUGCCUAUUUUCGCAUGAAUUACGCCUUAAUAAUACUAAUUAUCCUGUUUUUGAGCCUCCUAUGGCAUCCAAUCUCGCUCAUAGUUUUCAUAGUGAUGAUGGCUGUGUGGCUGUUCUUGUACUUCCUGAGAGAUGAGCCUUUGGUGAUUUUUGGUCGGACGAUCGACGAUCGGGUGGUACUGAUCGUACUGGGGGUGUUGACGAUAGUUUUCUUGUUGCUGACCGAUGUGACUUUGAACGUUUUGGUGUCGCUUCUAAUCGGAGUGGUGGUUGUGGUGUUGCACGGGAUUAUAAGGAAGACUGAUGAUUUGUUCCUGGGUGAGGAGGCCACUGGAUUGAUGAGUACCGCCGGUGCCGGUGACGGUGGUGGUGGUGCUUCCUCUUCUGCUUGAUUCCGAGGUUUCUUUUUGUUAUUUUUUGGUGGAUGUGUUUAAUCGUAUUAGUGAGAUUGAUUAAUUCCAAUUUGUUUUGUCACUAAGUUUGAUGUUGGCUAAUUUGAUUUACAUUUGUAACUUGAAUUUAGACAGAAUUCUAGUUUUCUAGCUCUUGGGAAUUUUCUUUUCUUUUGUUUUCUUGGAAUUGUGAUUUGGGGUUAUAGAAUCUGGAUUUGGAAUGGUUGGUAUGUGUAGAAAGAAAAAUCAUUUGCUCAACUAA